AUGUCUUUUAUUCUAUGGCCACUCAAAGCUCUGGUAGAGGAGUUCAAAAUUUCCUGGGCUUUUAAUCACAGAGAUCUAACAGCCACGGUUGUUCCUUUCUCUCUGUUUACUAUUGCAUCUUCCCUCGAGUCCCAGUCGUCUCCGGCAUCGAUACUCAGCAAUGUCGCCAAAUCUGCUACUCUCGCCUACAUGUUGCUUUAUACGUUCACAAUCAGCAAUCAGAUCAAUGGAAUUGAAGAAGACCGCCUGAAUAAACCUGAUCGCCCGAUUGUCUCAGGCCGCAUCAGUCUUCAAGCUGCCUAUACCCGCUACGUUCUUCUGUCCAUUGCAUCCUUAAUCUAUUCUCGUUUCAUGGGGGUAGAAGAAGGUGCUGUGAUGUUCAUGGCAUUUGGUGCUAUGCAUAAUUUUACGGAAUUAGCAUCAUUUGGCCCAACCAAAGAUCUCCUCACGACUGCCGUUCUCACAAGUGGGUUAUACAGCGCGUGGGAACUUAGAGGGGGCACUACGCGGAGGGGAUUAGAAUGGAUCAUAUAUCUUGCAUUCAAUCUCCUUUUCAGCAUCUCGAUCCAAGACUUGCGAGAUGUCAUCGGCGACGCCGCUACAGGCCGGCAUACGACUCCCCUAAUGUUAGGAAAGCCAUAUGUAUCUGAAGAGCAACCAUCCAUAUGCAUCGAAGGCAUCUGCAUUUUUGAUUGUGAUGACGGACCUUUUCCUGGUAAUUCGGGUUCUUACGCGACAAACCAUUGCAGAAGACAAGAAGACGUAUCGCCUUUACAUGCUCAGAUUCUCUGUGAAGCUUCUCUUUUCUUCAUUCGUUCUAUCAGCAUGAUUAGCGAUUAA